AUGCACGACCGCAAGCAAUGGGAUGCCCGUCGCUCCAUGACCGCCGAGGAGCGCGCCAAGACGCCCUACACUGAUUACCUGCGACCCAUCAUUGCCGACGGCGACACGGGCCACGGUGGCCUCUCCGCCGUUCUCAAGCUCGCCAAGCUCUUUGCCGAGAACGGCGCCGCGGCCGUCCACUUUGAGGACCAGCUGCACGGCGGCAAGAAGUGCGGCCACUUGGCCGGAAAAGUUCUCGUUCCCACGGGCGAGCACAUUAAUCGCCUCAAUGCUGCCCGCUUCCAGUGGGACGUCAUGGGCUGCGAGAACCUCGUCAUUGCCCGAACCGACUCCGAGUCGGGCAAGCUCAUCUCGUCGGCGAUUGACGUGCGCGACCACGAAUUUAUUCUCGGCGUCAACGACUCGUCCCUAGAGCCUCUGGCCGAAACGAUCCAGUCUCUCGAGGGCAAGGGCGCGUCCGGCGCCGAAAUCGAUGCUUUCGAGGCCAACUGGGUCACCAAGACGACGCUGAUGACAUUUGACGAAGCGGCCGUCGAGCACAUGCGCAAGGAGGGCGUCAGCGAGGACAAGAUUGCCGAGUUCCAGGCCGCCACCCAGGCGGACCGUGACAUGGGCAUCACCAGACGCCGCGCCCUGGCCAACCACUACACCAACACCCCCGUCUACUUCAACUGGGACGUGCCCCGCACGCGCGAGGGCUUCUACCACUUCCGCGCCGGCAUGGAGGCCGCUACCAAGCGCGCUGUCGCAUUUGGUCCCUACGCCGACCUUCUAUGGGUCGAGACGGGCGAUCCCAACGUCGCCGUCGCCUCCAAGCUGGCUCGCGCCGUCCGCGAAGUCUACCCAGGCAAGGGCCUCGUGUACAACCUGUCGCCGUCGUUCAACUGGAUGUCGCACGGCUUCACCCCCGAGACGCUCAAGUCCUUCAUCUGGGACAUUGCCAAAGAGGGCUUCGUCCUGCAGCUCGUCUCCCUCGCCGGCGUCCACUCCACCGCCACCAUCUCCACCGACCUGGCGCGCAACUUCAAGACGGACGGCAUGAAGGCCUACGUCGAGCUGGUCCAGCGCCGCGAAAAGGAGCUCGGAUGCGACGUCCUGACGCACCAGAAAUGGAGCGGUGCCAAGUACAUUGACGGCAUCCUGGGCGCGAUCCAGAGCGGCAGCUCCAGCAGCAAGAGCAUGGGCGACGGCAACACCGAAGGCCAGUUUAACUAA